UCAGCACCGGAAAUAACUCUGUUGUUGAGGCCACAUGACACAAAAUAUGGCCGACGACGUAAACAUGGUCAGAAAUCACGAAAAUGGUUUUGAUGAGACCCCUGGCGAGAAUAAUGAAGAGGAAGCAACCGAAGAGGAUCACAAUGAGGAAGAAGAAAAUCUGGAGGAACUUGUAGAAAAUGCUAGCAAUGAGUAUCAAGAUCUGAGCAACACGCUAGACCAGAUCGAUCGAUGGAUGACGAAUUUAGAAAAUCAGAACGAUUCCCUUGUGGAUAAGCUCCGGGAUCUUCUCGAGUCAAACCGACAAAUACGGGCCGAAUUUCAGCAGGAAAACUCACAAGAAAAGAACAGCUGACACAUUUAAUGUCUUAAUGGAACCACAUUCCUCUGGUGCAUUGCAUUAUAUUAAUAUUGUGUAUAUCUUUCCGCGUAGAUAGAUGAAAACUAUUUAUAUGUUCGUAUUUUCCGUUUGUAAAAUUUAUAAUUAUGAACUGUUCGCAUUUUUUCAAUUAAUUUAUCAAAAUUAUGUAUAGUUUGAAUUUUCGUGCAUGUAACAAAUUGGCGAAAGAAUUCCAGUUUUGGUUGUAUAUUACACAUACAAAGACACUAUUGAGGAGGUAUCUUCAAUUUGGACUAAUUCAUGGGCGAGCUCAGACCUCAAAGUCGUUGUAUAUGCUGAGUGGCAGGCGUAAAAUCUUGCACUCUAAAAGCAUUCUAGUGUUGUUUUCAUUUUUUAACCGUUUUCAUCUCGAUUAUCAUAAUUUGUCAUUCUGGAGUACAAAAUUUAUUUGUGAUAUUUUAAAAUAAACUGGUGUAUUAUUGA